AUGGCGGCACCCACCACUGACAGCACUGAGGCUAUAACGAAUUCUGGCUAUGGUAGUAGUGAUGAAACUGCAAGUCUUCUAGUAUCGGCACCAGCGGUGACCGUCAUUGUGCCUACCGAAAAUAGAAGUGUUAAGCCAAUACUACAGCGACAGGAUUGCACGACACAUCUACGCCCUCAAUUAUCGGGCGGCCCAGGUAGCGAGGAAAGUGCAACAUCUAUCAGAAUCGAAGAGAAUUCUGUUAGGAGCGUUCCCGAUAUAGAGUUACAAUGUAGAGAUCCACCAGACCGCCCCCAAACUCUCAUAUCGCCCGUAGCAACGGGCGCGCAUAGAGGGUCGGUAACGGCAUGCCAGUUAGUUACCCACAAUUAUACUAGAUGUCGCGUCUGCGAGCGCAGGCAGUCUACGGCUCCCGUGUCGGCACUGCACCUACCGCGAUCUAUUUCAAGAGAGAGUGUACACUCCGCUUUCCAUUACAACUGUGGUUGUAGUUCGCUGCACGCUGUCAAUACUUGCCCCGUCAUACAACCUCCAGCUUUAUUGUUGCCGACUGGAAGUACGCGAAUCAUACGACAGAGUUCGCAGCCAGAAUCCAGCGCAUGCGUGACCCACUGCCCACACCAUGCCCAUCAUCACCCUAGCGCCUCCUUACGGCAGCUGCGGGAACCAGGCGAUGGAAUCGCUGGCAUAGCAGCCGACUCGCUGAGAAUCAACGGUGGAAUGCGACCUUUCAAACAGGGGCUGCUUCUCUGCCCACAAACCCUGUCGCAGACUCGUCGUGCUCGCCUGAGACGCGCAUUCACUGAAGCAACAGGGGAUACUGUUAACUACGUUAGAACGGUUGGACAACAA